AUGGAUCAGUGGAUUAAACGUGUCUCCGAUGUCCAUAUCAAUAAAGAGGGGGCACACUGGGUCAGCAAUGUGCCCGUUUUGACCCCCCUCUCCGAAUCCGCGCAGAUCAUAUUUUACGAGGACAGGAACUUCCAGGGCCGCUCCUAUGAGUGCGACGCCGACUGCCCCGACAUGCACCCCCACUUCAGCCGCUGCAACUCCAUCAAGGUGGAGAGCGGCUGCUGGGUGCUGUACGAGAAGCCCAACUACACCGGCUACCAGUACGUGCUGACCCGGGGGGAGUACCCAGACUACCAGCGCUGGAUGGGCUACAACGACAGCAUCCGCUCCUGCCGCACCUUCUCCUAUACCAGCGAGGGCCCCUACCGCAUACGCAUCUACGAGCGGCCAAACUUCCAGGGUCAGAUGAUGGAGUUCAGCGAGGACUGCGAGUCGGUGCAGGAUCAUUUUCGCAGCCGCGACAUCUACUCCUGCAACGUCAUGGACGGCUACUGGACCCUGUACGAGCACCCCAACUACCGCGGCCGGCAGUACUUCAUGAGGCCCGGGGAGUACCGCAAGUUCAGUGACUGGGGGGCCACCUGCGCCACCACCGGGUCCUUCCGCAGAAUCACAGAGUUCUAAUCGGGGAUCUCCCUUUAAUUUUGUUUGACUUCAUUUACAUUUCAGCUUCAUCGAAAACACCCCUUUCCUCCUCUAAAAGUCCUCUAUUUGUGGAAACUGGUAACGUUGA